AUGCUGAGCCUUUCCAAUUCAGUGCAUCUUGCAAAGCAAGAACCGCUUCCUUUCACCAACAGGCUGGACAGGGAGCAACCCAGAGCAUGCUCCAGCUGGACCCCAGCUGAUCUCGCAGUGGCUGCCUCCUUGGCAGGGGUCUUUGUGGAUUUCGUGGACCGGCGCCGGGCAAGAUGGCCACGAAUGCCAAGGAGCAGUGCCUCGUCUGUCAGGGCCGUCGGAUCAGAAACCUCAGGAACUGACAUCAUCCAGAAAUUCGAAACCCUGACCGCAACUAGGCAAUUGGCAGAACGAUCUGGCGACCAAGAAGUUGUAAGCAGGAUUGAUGCUCUUCUCAAACAGGAAGAAGAGAGCAACCCUGUGGCAGCCCUUGCAUGGCGGCAGCAACGUCGCCUCCAAGUUGCCUGUGACACUGUUCUGCUCGGGGUCCAAGACCCGCUGCCGGCAAGGAUACAGGCCAUCAGCGUGCUGAAGGAUCUGGCAGCGCCACCGCUGCCCACCCCAGGUGCUGAAGACGCCCUUUUUCGCAUCCUGCGUGAAGUUGUGGGAGCAGAUGCCGCUGUGCUCAGGCAGGCUGCAGACGACGCCCUCUGGCAUGUUUGGCACCAGACAGAGGAUGAGGAUGCAGCAGGGAUGAUGAGGAGAGGCCGUACAUUGAUGGAAGGCGACCGAAUCUCCGAGGCCUUGCAGGUCUUCUCUGAGCUGGUGAAGGAAGCCCCUUUCUUUGCAGAGGCUUGGAACAAGCGAGCCACUGUUUAUUACAUGCUUAAGGAGUUUCAGCAGUCCGUUGAUGAUUGCAAGAAAGUGCUGGAGCUUAACCCACGGCACUUUGGCUGCCUAUCUGGUCUUGGCAUGUGCUACGCGGCUCUGGGGGAACCCGAAACUGCCGCCCACUGGUAUAAGAAAGCCCUCAGCGUACAUCCCUUCAUGCAGGGGCCACGCAAAGCACUGGAUGGCCUCGAGAGGGAGAAGUACGUGGAGAACUACCUCAGCCCGAGAGUGCAGACUGCUGUGGAGUCCUUGACCGGGGACGCUUUCUGGCCAGCUGAGAACCCUGAAGGCAUCCAUCUGGAAUGGGACGUGCACCGCAUUAACGUAGACAGGGCCGCCAAGAAUCCCAAUGCGGGUGCCAACACAUACUUCUUUCGUGCCUUGGUCAGAAACAAGGCCCUCGGAACACGCCAAGUUCGUAGCUUGGCUCGCUUUUACGCCCUUCGCUUUGCGUGCGGAAAGAUUUACCCAUUGAGACGCCCUACUUAUGGCCAGGCCGAGUUUGUUCUGGAGCCUGGUGAAGAGUACAAGUACUCCUGGGUAUUCACAACCGACACCGAUUUGAUAGGAAUGGUCGGAGGCAUGCUGCUCGAGCGUUUGGACCGUGUUGAUGCAAGUGACGCCGACCGCUUCUUGUUUGCCAGCCUUGGACAACUUUCUUUUUCUGAGGCACCGAUGGUGCCCAUGCACAAAGUGGAGUCAUUGAACCAGGAGCACAUAUACAUGGGCGAGUUGACCUUCAAAGCCUCUCGGGACUCAUAA